AGAAACGAAAGUAAAGUCUCUCUUUCUCUGCUCGCUCUGUUCGUCUCUGUGUGCAGUAAAAUGGCAGAAGCUGCUCUAAAAACUCUGGACUCUUUCAACUGUCCGAUCUGUCUGGAUCUACUGAAGGAUCCAGUGACUAUUCCCUGUGGACACAGCUUCUGUCUGGACUGUAUUAAGGUCUACUGGGGUCAGGGUGAUCAGAGGGGGGUCUACAGCUGCCCCCAGUGCAGACACAGCUUCACUCCAAGGCCUGUUCUCAACAAGAACACCAUGCUGGCUGAACUAGCUGAGGGUCUGAGGAAGACGAGGCUCCAAGCUGCUCCUCCUGCCGGAUCUCCUGCUGGAUCUGGAGAUGUGGAGUGUGACGUCUGCACUGGAUCAAAACUCAAAGCUGUUAAGUCCUGUCUGGUGUGUCUGGCUUCUUACUGUGAAGCUCAUAUUCAGCCUCAUUAUGAAUCUCCUGCGUUAAAGAAGCACAAACUGGUUGAAGCCUCCAUGAAUCUGCAGGAGAAGAUCUGCUCUCUUCAUGAUAAGCUUCUAGAGGUUUUCUGUCGCACUGAUCAGCAGUGUAUUUGUCUGCUGUGUGUAAUGGAUGAACACAGUGGUCAUAAGACAGUUUCAGCUGCAGCAGAAAGAUCUGAGAAACAGAAGCAGCUGGUGGAGAAUCAGAGGAAAUUCCAGCAGAGAAUCCAGCAGACGGAGAAUAAACUGCAGGAGCUGAGACAGGCUAUGGAGAGUCUCAGGCGCUCUGCACAGGCAGCAGUGGAGGACAGUGAGAAGAUCUUUACUGAACUGAUUGAGUCCAUCGAGAGACGACGCUCUGAGGUGAAAGAGCUGAUCAGAGCUCAGGAGAAGACUGAACUGAGUCAGGCUGAAGAGCUCCUGAAGAAACUGGAGCAGGAGAUUGCUGAUCUGAGGAGGAGAGACGCUGAGCUGGAGCAGCUUUCACACUCAGAGGAUCACAUCCAUUUCCUCCAGAGUUUCCAGUCUCUCUCUGCUCCUCCUCAACCUGCACACUUACCCCGUAUCACAAUCAGUCCACAGUUCUCCAUGGAGGAACUGAAGAAAGCUGUGACUGGAGUGAUGGAACGAGUGAAACCAGAAAUAGUCAAGUUCUCUGGAGGGAUUGUAUCUUCAUUCAUGACGCCUGCUACUUGGCAGAAACCACAUGAAAUCCAUCAGUUACCUGAACCAAAGACCAGAGAGGACUUCCUGAAAUAUUCCUGUCAGCUCACUCUGGAUCCAAACACAGUACACAGUCUGCUCGCUCUGUCUGAGAGGAACAGAAAAGUAACAGUGAUGUGGGAGAUCCAAAAACAUCCUGAUCAUCCAGAGAGAUUUGAUGGAGUGCAGCAAGUUCUCUGUAGAGAGAGUCUGACUGGACGCUGUUACUGGGAGGUCGAGUUUAGCAAGAAUAAUGUUGAUAUUGCAGUGUCUUAUAAAGGCAUCAGCAGGAAAGGUAUUGAGUCUGAAUUUGGCUCUAAUGAUCAGUCGUGGAGUCUGUUCUGCUCCGACUCAAGAUUCUUUUUCAGUCACAAUAAUAAAGAGUCUGAUCUCUCUGUGAACUCCAGCUCCUCCAGAAUAGGAGUGUAUGUGGAUCACAGUGCAGGAAUUCUGUCCUUCUACAGCAUCUCUGACACAAUGACCCUCCUCCACAGAGUCCACACCACAUUCACUCAGCCCCUCUAUCCCGGAUUUGCGGUUUUUCGUUAUGGUCAUUAUCUUCAGAUCUGCAUCAGCAGGAAAGAAGGAUAUAAUGAGUCUGGAUUUGGGUGUAAUGAUCAGUCCUGGAGUCUGAUCUGCUCCGGCUCCAGAUUCUCUUUCAGACAUGAUAGUGAAAAGUCUGAACUCCCUGUAAACUCCAGCUCCUCCAGAAUAGGAGUGUAUGUGGAUCACAGUGCAGGAAUUCUGUCCUUCUACAGCAUCUCUGACACAAUGACCCUCCUCCACAGAGUCCACACCACAUUCACUCAGCCCCUCUAUCCCGGAUUUGCGGUUUAUAUUUAUGAUAAUGUUCUUCAGAUCUGUGAUCUUAAUCAAAAUGUUAAUAAAGGCUGA